AUGAUGGAAGGGCUUGGGGAACAGGGUGCAGCCGGUGAAGAAGGCCCAUUAAUCGGCGCGGUGGCAGCCGAAUCCUCUCCACGGGCCUUGAUGGGGUACUCCUUAGACGAGGGCUUUACUGAGAGCCUGCCUCUGGCAGUUAAGUACCGAGUGUACGCUCUCAAAAAGCUUCAGGCCAAAUCCGCAGGCCUAGAAGCCAAGUACCUGAGGGAAUUUCAUUCCAUCGAGAGGAAAUUUGCUGGCAUCUAUUGGCCCUUAUUGGAAAAGAGACGCCAGAUCAUCAGUGCGCUCUACGAGCCCACGAAAGAGGAGUGUGAGGUGAAGUCCAAGGCCGAGGACAAUGAUUAUAAUGAAGUGGAAGAUUAUUCUAAUGCUCAGAUGCAGGGUCCGGAGGAGAAUCCAGAGUAUGAGGACUUGGAGGAAUAUUGCGAGGAAGGUUUCGAGGAUGUGGAGGAGGUGUUUGGGGAGUAUGGAGGAAUCGAGGGACAUAAUGUGGACGAAGAGAAAGAGGAGCCUACAGGGAUCCCCGAUUUCUGGCUCACAGUUUUAAAGAACGUCGAGGAGAUCUCUCCAUUGAUUGAGAAUUAUGACGAGCCCAUUCUGAAGCUCUUGCGAGACGUGAAAGUCAAGUUUUCAAAACCCGACGAGCCGCUCGCCUUCACUCUGUAAUUUCACUUUGAACCCAACGACUACUUCACAAAUGAGGUGCUGACCAAAACUUAUACGCUCAAGUCUAAGCUCCAUUACUCUGACCCCCAUCCCUUUAGGGGAUCUGCGGUGGAGCAUUGCAUAGGCUGCAAGAUAGACUGGAAGGAGGGAAGGAAUGUCACUGUGCAAGCGGUCCUGAAGAAGCAGAGGCACAGGUUUUGGGGACUGAUGCACACAGUGACCCAGGAAUUCCGCCGAGAGUCCUUCUUCAGCUUCUUCAUUGCUCUCCAGUGGGGUCUGGAUGCCGAUGAAGAUGUGGAAGACGUCUUCAUUGCUCACAGUUUGCACACCUUUGUCAUCCCUAGAGCUGUGUUGUACUUCACAGGAGAAGCACUUGAGACCGAGCAAGAGGUGGUGAUCAGGGAAUGUAAUGAGCUGGCUUAUGACAAAGUCACUCAUGAGAACGGGUUGGCUGCUGUUGGGGGUGCUAAAGGCCAAAGCAUGGACCCCCAGGCAGAAGAUAUUGAUCGCUGA